CACUUGGGCCAUAUUCUUUGCAGCUGUGAGAAAGAAAAAACUUCCCCAGAAGUCAACAAUAUCACCUAGAAAAACUAUGGAGACCAUUCAACCGAAAAUUGAAUAACGAGAAGCAAGUUUUCAUUCAUCAUCCCAUUGUCUGAUCCACUUCUGGUAUUAAUAGAAAUCUAAUCCAAAUCCAGAUCCCAAAGUUGACUUUUUUUAAGGCUCCCACGAAUCUGGGCAGAAUCUUCCAAACCUUCUUCUUGAUGGGGGAGGAAGAAAAGCUCCCAAACAGUGGGGAUGAAAUGGAGCAAGAAGAGAAGGGAAAGAAUGGGAUCCGAGGGUGUGUGUAUGCCCCAAUUUAUUGGCUGGAAAUGCUGUCGAAGGAAUUGCAUUGGAGCUUCGUGUUUGGGGUAAUAAUUGUCUAUGGUGUGAAUCAGGGCCUGGGGGGAUCUCUCACUCGAGUUGGCACAGAAUAUUACAUGAAGGAUGUGCAGAAAGUGCAGCCUUCUGAAGCUCAGGUCUACUCUGGAAUCACAUCCAUUCCAUGGAUUGUUAAACCACUUUGGGGACUUCUCACUGAUGUUGUCCCAAUUUGGGGAUUUCAAAGGCGGCCUUAUUUUGUUUUUGCAGGUAUGCUGGGAAUGGUAGCAAUGCUGUUCUUGUCACUGCACUCUAAGCUGCAUAUAGUGUUGGCAUUGCUUUCGUUGACGGCUUCGAGCGCUAGCGCGGCGAUCGCCGACGUCACGGUGGACGCCUGCGUGGCGCAGAACAGCGGCAGCCACCCCUCCCUCGCCGCCGAUAUGCAGAGCUUAUGCGCAUUGAGCUCGUCGAUCGGAUCGCUCAUUGGAUUCUCGUUGAGCGGUGUCUUUGUUCACUUGAUCGGUCCGCAGGGCGUAUUCGGCUUGUUGGCGACGCCGUUUUUGCUCGUACUGUCAGUUGGUGUUCUGUUACGGGAGCCACGGGCGAUCGACGGAUUCGCCGUCGAGCAGAUCAGUCGGAGCUUCGUCGAUGCUGGUAAAGCGAUGUGGCGGACGUUGAAAUGUCCCGAGGUGUGGAAGCCGUGUUUGUAUAUGUAUUUAUCGUUCUCGUUGAGCUUGAACAUCUCCGAGGGGAUGUUCUACUGGGCGACGGAUGCUGAGGCGGGUCCGUCGUUUUCGAAGGAAGCUAUCGGGUAUAUUAUGGCGAUAGGGUCAGUCGGGUCUCUUCUCGGCGCGAUAUUGUAUCAAUACGGUUUGAAGGACUAUCCGUUUCGCGACAUUCUUUUCUGGGCGCAGGCGUUGUUUUGCCUGUCGGGAAUGCUGGAUUUGGUGCUCGUGCUGCGGUGGAACUUGAAGGUCGGGAUACCCGAUUACUUCUUUGUUGUGAUCGAUUCCAGCGUGUCGCAGAUGAUCGGGAGAUUGAAAUGGAUGCCGCUUCUUGUUCUGAGCUCGAAGCUAUGCCCCGCCGGGGUGGAGGGGACGUUCUUCGCGUUGUUGAUGUCGAUUGAUAACGUGGGGCUUCUUACGUCGUCGUGGCUCGGGGGGUUGUUGCUUCAUGUGUUGAGCGUUACGCGGACGGAGUUUGAUAAAAUGUGGCUCGCGGUUUUUGUUAGGAAUGUGUUGAGGAUAAGCCCCUUGUUUCUGCUGUUUUUGGUGCCGAGAGCUGAUCCGAAUUCUUCGAUCCUUCCGGUUUCGGAGGAAGUUUUGGAUGCCGGAGAAGCGACGGCAGCGCCGGAGAACAUCGAGCUUGUUGCUCUUGUAGACAGCAUGGAUGGGAGAUAGGUUUUAUGUUAGAACUUUGCGGAUUCUUGAUGAAAGAUGAAAUGUUUUUGAGAUUUUAAGGAUGCAAUUGUAUUCAUUAACUUUUACUCCAAACAUAAACAUAAAAUAAGACUAAUCAAUACCCAUCUUUUACUAUU